AUGAAAGCGGUGGAGGAUGGUAAUCUGGAAAAAGACCUGUACCAAGCAUUAAUAAUAGGCAAGUGGGAGAAUAUCGAAUCAAUGAUCCGCGAACAUCCAAAUGAAGUAUUCAAAGCCAGGCUAAAUGAAAAUGGAGAUACAAUGCUCCUCUCGGCCGUCAAUGAAGCUAACAAGGGGUUAGUCAACAGGCUGGUGGAUAAGAUUGCACCAGAUUUACUGGCUGAGACUGACGACUUUGGGAAUACAGCGCUUCACUUAGCAGCAAAAGUUGGACUUGUUGAAGAUGCCAAAAUACUUGUGAAAAAAGAUCCCAAAUUGCUGAAUUGUGAAAACAAAGAUGGACUUUUGCCAAUUCACAGUGUUCUAAAAGGCGAUGUAUAA